UCUCCUUCUAUCUUCCUCUCUCUAAAAACCCUAGACACCGGGAAAAAAAAACCCGAUCCGACGAAAUCUCCAAACUGAUCGGUCGCUCCAUGCGGAUUCAAUCUCCAACAAAAAAACCCUAGUUUUUGUGUACAUAUAGUCGCCUUUAGUAUAUAUAACAUCUCCUAUGGAUUCCACCAUUUCCGGGUUACACCGACCCGAUCCGUUCCACGGAGACGACCCGGGUCCAUCUUCCUCCACCGCAAACGCAAACGCAGCUUCAUCGUCGCAGCCGAGUAGGUACGAGUCGCAGAAGCGGCGCGAUUGGAACACGUUCCUGCAGUACCUGAAGAACCACAAGCCGCCGCUAACGCUGUCGCGGUGCAGCGGAGCGCACGUGAUCGAGUUCCUGAAGUACCUCGACCAGUUCGGGAAGACCAAAGUCCACGCGGCGGCCUGUCCGUAUUUCGGACUCCCAAACCCUCCGGCUCCGUGCGCGUGUCCGUUGAAGCAGGCGUGGGGAAGCCUCGACGCGCUGAUCGGACGGCUGAGAGCGGCGUACGAGGAGAACGGUGGACGGCCAGAUUCGAACCCUUUCGCUGCACGCGCCGUCAGGAUUUAUCUCAGGGAGGUGAAGGAGGGUCAGGCUAAGGCUCGUGGGAUUCCGUACGAGAAAAAGAAACGGAAGCGAAAUCUUCCUUCUGUCCCGGCGACCGCCGUUAACGUGACGGUGGCUCCGUCGACCGGACACGGCGGAGACGGCGGCAAGAAAGCGGAAGGACAAUCGGAGAAUAUAAGGCGAUCAUGGAGGAUGGAUGGAGGAGGAAAUACGUUCCUCUCUUGCCUAUAUAUGUAUACACAAUGAUAUGUGUAUCUUCCUACAGUGUGUGUAUAUAUAUAUGUACAUACACGUAAUCACCCGCACGUGUACGUUGUAAUAUAAGGAAAGAGAGUGAGAGUUGGAGGGGCAGCAGCAGUGAGAAAAUGUUCUCUCUGGUCUCUACGAAUUCCAACCGACAAGAGGAUGCCUCGUGGUGGAAGUUUGUGACUGACACGUACGUUAAUACUCGCACGUGCGUCUUGUACGUUAAUACUCGCACGUGCGUCUUUUCACUUUUACUCCCCCUGUCAGGUGUUUGCUUGCGUUAGUUGCACACGUAAUUUUUCUUUUAGAACAAAGAACAAA